AUGUUGACAGGUGAUACAACAGGUGUGGCCAAAGUGUGGCCAGUCGCUGAGCUGACCGAUACUUACGGAAAAACUACGCCUCUUUAUGUGUUGUUUGACUGUCAUGAUAUGGGCGUGAAUUCCGCCGACAUAUCAACUAUCACCUCAAUAACAAAUAAGGGUAAGGUGUACAGUGCGCUGACGUGCGGUAACGACCAUCUGGUGAAAAUCUGGCAACUGACUCUGUGGAAGAAAAACGCAGGUUCUCAUCAGUGUGCUGUCGAAAUGGUUCAGUCACUGAAAGGUCACUCCUCAACGGUGACCAGCGUGUGUUUUAGCGGAGCUGAUGGUAAGGUGUUUGCGUCCACGUCAAUGGACAAGACCACGAGGAUUUGGCAGAUGGUCGAGUCAAACAAUGCGGUUUGCUUACAAGUGUUGGAAGGACACACCCGUUACGUUAACACUUGUGGAUUCUCUCAAGACGGUUUACUGUUUGUGACUGGGUCCAACGACAAGUCUGUCAUUGUCUGGGAUGUGAAAGGCGAUUUAGAUUUAAAUGCCAAAUUACACGACUCGUCGGAAGACUUAAAGUCCGCAGUAAACAUAGUCAAGGGUGAAAAUAUUCAGGUAGAAGUGUCCCUGAGGGAAAAAUUAAACAUGUUUACGAAUGCGGUGAAUUCGUGUGACUUCAGCAGCGAAUGCAAAUACCUAGUGGCGGCCGGCGGCGACAAAACCGUCAGGAUUUGGCAUUUCAGCGAAAGCGGACGUACUGAAGAGUGCAAAGGCUCACCGUUUCGCGCUCACCAUUACUCGGUACAACAGAUGGUCAUUUCUCCGUGCUCGUCGUAUAUGGCCACCUGUUCGUUGGACGGAAUGACCGUUAUUUGGGAACUAAAUACUCUAGAACCGAGAGGUUCGUUACACACUGAGUACGGCGGGGCUCGAUCCUGUUCGUUUUCUGGAAAUUCCGAAUUGAUUGCGGUCGCUUGCAACAACGAAAUCGUAUUCGUGUGGAAAGUGGAAACAUUACAGCUAGUCGCGAAGCUAUGCGGUAAUGACGAAGACGUCACUUGUGUUUCGUUCAGUCCGGAUUCUCGGUAUUUAAUGUCCGGUUGUGUGGAAGGGCACUUCCGAAUUUGGUCGGUGCACCCGAAAAAGCACAUUAUAUCCGAGACGAGUACAAUCGUCCAAGACAAAGCGCACGAAAUUGGAAUAACAAGCGCCCAUUUUGCGUUCAAGAACCCAUCUAGAAAACCGCAAUCGAUGUUGAUGUUAACGGGUGGCAGUGAUGCCGUGGUAAAAGCCUGGAGGCUACUGGACGACCGAAUCGACUUCAAAAUGAAGUUUGUCGGCCACGGUAGUGACAUCACGUGCGUCAAGUUCCCACGGCACAUUACUACGUUCUUGGCGUCUACUUCGCUGGACAAGACAGCUCGGAUAUGGCAAACGAAAACUGGAGAUUGUCUGCAUGUCAUCGAUCCCAAAGGUGCCAUCCUCACUUGUUGCUCAUUUUCUUCAAAUAAUAAAAUACUAGCUACAGGGUCGCUGGACAAGGCGCUGUAUCUGUGGAAUUUACCGUUGGACGACGACGAUGCCACGACAAUUAGGAAAUCGACGUCAUUUGAAAAACACGGAGCGCGAUUGAACGGCAUGUCCGAUGACGACAGACGAGACUUGGAAGUAGCACUGUCGAAGCUGUCGUCGUCGACUGACACACCCGACGAGUUCAUCUGUCCGAUAACGCAGCAGAUUUUCAGAGAUCCCGUGAUAUGUUCAGACGGACAUACUUACGAUAGAUCGGCCAUGGUGUCAUGGUUCCGCCGAGGCAAAUUCAGCAGCCCAUUGACAAAUGAACCGCUACUGUCCAAGUCCAUGACGACAAACACCACCAUAAAGGAAGCAAUCUCAGUGUUUGUCCAACAAAAUCAAUGA